AUGACUUUAGUGGGGCCCAAGGAAGAAAGCGUCCUACCCAUCAUGCUGAGUGUACAGCAGCAGCAUCAUCAUCACGGCCUUCACGCUACUUCGAGCGCGCAGACCCAUCGCGGCAACGUGAUUGUCUCUACCAGCGGCAUGCCGACCAAUAAUAGUAGCCUGCAACAUGGAUGCAAGCGCUCCAAGAUCUACGGUCAAUCCAGUGGGCCUUACGGCACGGUACCGCAUCAGCCUGCCUCGGUGGCCAGACGAAACGCGCGAGAGCGCAAUAGGGUGAAGCAGGUAAACAAUGGAUUCGCCACUCUCAGGCAACACAUACCGCAGACGGUGGCGCAGGCGUUGGGUAGCAGUACAGCCGGGACUCACGGCGGAUCCAGAGCCGGCAGCAAGAAGCUGUCUAAGGUAGAAACCUUGAGAAUGGCGGUGGAGUACAUCAGGAGUCUUCAACGUCUCCUGGACGAGCAUGACGGCGGUUCCGAGUCGAGCGGAUCUUCGCCCAUCUCUUCCACGUCCUCCAAUUCACCCGCAUGUGGUUCUGACAAUGGGAUCGGCGGUGAUUCCGGUCAUCCGGCAGAGUUGAGACUACGUGGUGGCAUCACCGGGGAGAUACAUCAUCACGGUAGCCCGCACGGAUCUGAUCUGCAUCGUCAUCAACAUCUCCGGCAGAAUUCGAGCCCGACUUUUGUCCCGACAACAUGUUCAGAGGCGUCGAGCUCGCCGACGCCGAGUUUCGUCUCCGAAACCUCGUCAGCUGGAAGUCAAGGUUACGGCACCUCUGGCACACUUUACACGGCGUAUUCCGACAGUUACGACAAUCAUGAGCCGAUGAGUCCAGAAGAUGAGGAGCUACUGGAUGUCAUCACUUGGUGGCAGAAUCAAUGA